AUGGGUGUUGUUGAAAAGGGUCCAAAGAGUUUUCAUCUUCAAAAGCAAGAGUUCAAAGGUGUUCCAAAAGGGUUUAUGGCGAUUAAAGUAGGUCAAGGAGAAGAUCAACAAAGGUUUGUUGUUCCUAUUAUGUACUUCAAGCACCCUCUUUUCAUUCAACUAUUGAAAGAAGCAGAAGAAGAAUAUGGAUUUGAUCAAAAAGGAACUAUCACUAUUCCUUGUCAUGUUGAAGAAUUUAGAAACGUUCGUGGUUUGAUUGAUAGAGGCAAAAAUCUUCACCAACAUGUUGGUUGUUUUGGUUUAUGA